GUGGAUGGGCAGUUCGUCUGCCAGCAAGCGUACCUGACAAAUGUCUUUGUGGAGAGCGAGACUGAUGGCCUGGACGCUGCGAACUGCAAGACGCGCUGCAUUUCCCAAAAGUGCCCCUACUACUGGGAAGGUGAGGUCAUGUCUACGAAGCAGUGCCGCCUCUACAGCCAGUGCACGGAGCUGGUGCGUGAGAUCGGCGUGGUGGGAAACCUGUAUGGCAUGUCCUAUCGCAAAGCUUGCAAAGUAGCAGAUGCACAGCUGUGCUGGAAAGUCACCAAACGCCGCUCGUUCCUUGGGGCCGGAGACGACUCCUACCAGUGCUUUCACCAGGACCUCAUUGAGCAGUGCGACCAGAAGUUGAUGCUGGGUGGCCUUGGGGUCAGCGCCUGCGGUGGCUGUGAGUAUGCCGCUUGGUUGAACAUUUGA